AUGCCGCCGCAUGUAUAUGCCAUUGCCGAGGGUGCAUACUACAACAUGCUGGCCUACAAGGAGAAUCAGUGCGUGAUUAUUUCUGGAGAAUCAGGAGCCGGCAAGACAGAGGCAGCGAAGCGGAUCAUGCAAUACAUUGCGGCGGUCAGUGGCGAUACGACAGGCACGGGCAGCACAAGUUCCGGCAUUCAUACGAUCAAGGACAUGGUGCUGGCGACCAAUCCACUGCUAGAGAGUUUCGGAUGCGCCAAAACGCUACGAAAUAACAACAGCUCGCGGCACGGAAAAUACCUCGAGAUCAUGUUUGAUGCUAAUGGCUCGCCCGUGGGUGCCACAAUUACGAACUAUUUGCUCGAGAAGGCCCGUGUUGUCGGUCAGAUCCGCAACGAGCGCAACUUCCAUAUCUUUUACCAGCUGACGAAAGCUGCGUCGCCACAGCAGCGCGAACUGUUUGGGCUACAGGGCCCAGAGGCAUAUGCGUAUACGGCUGAUAGUCAGUGUCUGGAUGUGCCUGGUAUCGAUGACCAUGCCGACUUUGCGGCAGCCUUUGAGGCCAUGCGGAUCAUUGGACUUACCGAUGACGAACAAAUGAGUAUGGUGCGCAUGCUCGCAACAAUUCUGUGGCUCGGGAACGUGCACUUUGUGGAAAAUGCUCAGGGCGAUGCAGAGCUCGCGAAUCCAGACGUGACGGCGUUCUGUGCGUACUUGCUCGAAGUGGACCCAUCAGCUGUGCAGCGAGCCUUGACACAGCGCAUUAUGGAGACACAGCGCGGUGGACGGCGUGGGUCUGUGUACGAAGUGCCACUGAACCCGACGCAGGCUGCGGCUGUGCGUGAUGCACUAAGCAAGGCCAUCUACAACAACCUAUUUGACUGGAUUGUCGCCCGGAUCAACAGAUCGUUGCAGGCACAGAGUCAGACGGCGGCCUCCGUGAUUGGAGUGUUGGACAUUUACGGCUUUGAAAUCUUUGAAAACAACUCGUUCGAGCAGUUGUGCAUCAACUAUGUAAAUGAGAAGCUCCAGCAGAUCUUUAUCGAGCUGACACUCAAGAAGGAGCAAGAAGAAUAUGCUCAGGAGCAAAUCCAAUGGACGCCCAUCCAAUACUUCAACAACAAGAUUGUGUGCGACUUGAUUGAGGCGAAACGGCCGCCUGGCAUCUUUUCUGCUCUCAACGAUGCGGUCGCAACGGCACAUGCCGAUUCAUCUGCGGCCGACAACUCGUUCAUGCAGCGCACGUCCAUGCUCUCGAGCAAUCCACACUUCGAGGCCCGUGGAUCCAAGUUCCUUGUCCGGCACUAUGCAGGUGAUGUCAUGUACAACGUCCAGGGCAUGACAGAGAAGAACAAGGAUGCCCUGCUCAAAGACAUUCUGAACCUCGUGGACAGCUCGUCCAAUGCAUUCUUGAUCGGCCUGUUCCCUGAAAGGCCAGAUCCUAACAGCAAGAAACGGCCGCCGUCGGCAGGUGACCGGAUCAAAGCGAGUGCCAAUGCGCUAGUGGACAAUUUGAUGCAAGCCCAGCCGUCCUAUAUCCGCACGAUCAAACCCAACCAGAACAAAAGCCCCACGGAGUACGACACACAGGCGGUCCUGCACCAGAUCAAGUACCUGGGUCUGCGGGAAAACAUUCGCGUCCGCCGCGCAGGAUUUGCAUACCGGAACACGUUUGAAAAGAUUGUGCAGCGUUUCUAUCUCUUGUCACGAGCGACAUCGUAUGCAGGUGACUAUAUCUGGCAAGGCGAUGCGCGCAGCGGCUGUGAGCGCAUCUUCCUUGAUACAGGCAUUGCGCGUGACGAAUGGCAGCUCGGUGUCACGAAGGGCUUCAUCAAGAACCCCGAGACGCUCUUUGCACUCGAGACCAUGCGCGAUCGAUACUGGCACAACAUGGCCAUGCGAAUCCAGCGGGCAUGGCGUGCCUUUAUGCGGCGACGAGAAGAGAGCGCACGGCGCAUCCAGCGUGCAUGGCGUCGAAGCCGAGAGGGCCACGAGUUCCUCGAGCUCCGCGAGUACGGACAUCAACUGCUCGCUGGUCGCAAGGAACGCCGUCGCUUCAGUCUCAUCAGCAUGCGCCGCUUUAUGGGGGAUUACCUGGAUUUGAAUGGGUCGUCUGCCGAGGGCCGCAUGCUCCGGGCCUCGGCAAACCUGCCGCCUAACGAGCCGAUCGUGUUUAGUGCGCGCGCGCAGCUCCUUGUGUCGCGACUAGGACGCACGUCCAUCCCAAGUCCGCGCUUCUUGCUGAUGUCGCCGCGCGCCGUGUACAUUCUAGUAACGCAUCUCGUGAACAAGCGGCCCCAAACAACAUGUGAGCGAGUGAUUCCACUCAGCACGAUCCGGCAAGUCGGUCUCUCGACGCUGCGGGAUGACUGGAUCGUGCUGCAAGUCGGCACAGACGAAGGCGACCCUCUCUUGCAUUGCGAUUUCAAAACAGAGUUUGUGGCGUAUCUCUUGCAGCAGACAGGCGGUCGCACACACGUUGUUAUUGCGCCGCAACUAGAGUAUGUGCGCAAGGGCCGCAAAAAGGCACAUGUGUCGUUCCGUAAAGACGAGUCGAUUCCUGUGGGUGAUGUGUACAAGAGUUCCAUUGUGUCUGUCGGCUCCGGCGAGCCACCGACGAGUGUCUCACGCCCACCGGCGAAGAAACUGCCGCGCUCUGCACAACCAAGCACCAAGCGCCGCACGACAUCGCGACCUGUGACGUCUCGACGACCUGUGCCAACGGUUUUGCCUACAACAACAGCUAGUCGCGGCCUUCCACCCGCGCCAGGCGGCACGGCGUCUGCAUCUGCGCUUGCGGUGCCGACGACUUCCACCGUUGCUCCUGCUUCAUCAGCGUCAGGGAAUGCAUCUGGCGCACGACACGUCCCAGCGCCCCCGCCUGUCUCGGGUGGUAGUGGUUUGCCACCUUAUUUGCAGGCCCCUGCCACUUCAGCGCCAUCGUCAGGCAUGCCGUCGUAUUUGCAACGCGCAGUUCCCGCUGCACCUACUGCGCCUGCUGCGCCUGCCGCGUCUGCUGCGCCUACAGCCGCUCAGUCAACGUCAGGCAUACCAUCAUACCUAGGUUCCUCCACGACCAAGUUGGCCCCUCCAGUGACGGUGCAGCAACUGGGCUCGUCUUCCACUGCACAGACCCGCAGCGUACCAGCACCCCCUAGUGCGUCGGCUACACCAGCAGUGGCUACUCCGGCACUUGCUCCUGUCAAGGCUGCACCGCUGCCGCCACCGCCGCCCACGGGUCGCCGUCUUCCUCGCUACCGCGCCUUGUACGAUUUCGAGACGCAAGAGGCCGGUGAGCUGCCACUCAGAACAGGCGACAUUGUCGAACUGGAGGAGAAAGAAGAAAAUGGCUGGUGGCUCGUCAAGAAAGGUAGCACAGAGGGUUGGUCGCCCGCUGACUACUUGGAAUUAAUUGCUGAACCUGCAGCAGCCAAGCCACGACCACCCCCGCCCGCUAAGCCUGCAAGCGCCAAGCCUGCCGCCGCUCCAGCGAGAGUGAGUCAGUCGUCUGUCACCUCGUCAUGGACCCCACCCGAUUCUCACGCGGCACCUGUGGCUGUAAUGCCAGGCAUGGGUGAUCCUGGUGGCUUUGCUGCCAUACUUGCGCGGAAAAAGGCUGAGCGUGCAGCAGCCGCAGAACAGGCACACGUUCCAGAAUAG